AUGAGGCGAGGAACACGUCGAGGGCAGUCUAUAGCAGACAGCCUCAGGAUAGUCAUCCGAGAUGAUCCUGUAGCAAGUCCCGAGUCAUCUCCAGACUCUCCAGACUCGCCCGGCUCGCCAGACAGCGUGGCAUCGACACCCUCACCAACGUCUACGACCUUUAACAGCACGACAGCCAAGGCCGACUCUCCACCAACGACCCAAACUGUCCCUCCUCCUCCGGCUACGACGAGCAAAAGUUCCUCCUUGGCUCUACCACCACCGGCGCCUACUACCACUACGAGCAUUCCUUUGCCUCCACCAGCUACAACGAAUACCUCUCCAUCAGCUCCGCCCACUACGACGAGCAGAUCAUCGGCGUCCACAAAGACAGCGUCGCCAUUCUUCAAUCACCCAGAACUCUCUACAACAGGUACUUUAGUGCGGACCACAGUCAUCUCCAGUAGCGCUCCAAGGACGACGACGGCAGCGGACUCGUCUCCGCAGCCGAUCCUGCUGAACCCGGCCGUGUCCACAGUGGACGGCACCGGCUUUGCAACGGCCACCAGGUCUCCAACUUUUUAUUCUUCCAAUGCGCUAACCUCGUCCGUCGACGCAGAACGUGAAGUGUCCAUGUCGACCUCUGCCACUGCCGAGGCUGUGACUGCGCCCACUGGUGGUCUUGGUUUCGAGGAGCACCACGAGCGACUUCACUUGGAUGCGGGUUCCGUGGCCGGAAUUGCGAUUGGAAGCAGUGUGGCCACCAUGCUCAUCGCAGCCAUGGUCUUCUUCUUCUGGCGCAAAUGGAACCGACAGCAGAGACGCGACGACGCCGGAAGCGAGUCGGGGGCCUCCACGGGCUCGGGUGUCCGACGCAUGCUGACGCGGCGCUUCACGCACAAGUCCGACGACCGCAUCAUGAAUGAGCUCAUGGCGGGCGUCUACUCCAACGAGAGCGGCGGCGGGGACCGCAACAGCUUCAUGGACCGACAAAUGCAAGACGGCAAUGGCUACAUCAGGGAGAAGUUUGGCAGCGGCGGCAGCAGCAAGGCAGAGGUCGAAGAGGACGAGUUGCCCAUCAUGGCGCAACCUCCCAAGGCGGCUGCGGUGCCGGGAAAACCCCAGUUCAAGCGCACCAAGCGCAUCUCGAGGUGGCUUGGUCGACAUGACGAGGACGAUGACAUGAUGAAUCCAAACUCGGCCCGCGCCAGUCUCGCGUCCAAUGCGACUGGCUUGAGAACGAUUGACUUGCGGAGCAUGUCGGGCUGGGGAGGAAGCGAGUAUGGCGAAUACUUUAGCCGCGAUUCCAUGCCGCCGCUGCCAAUGGGAGCGAUUCCACCGCGGGAAGAUCCCGAGGUUGAGAAGCGGAAGCCGUUGAGCAGUGAGAUGGAUGAUGAGCGGGAAGAGCAGUCGCAGAAUGUACAGGGUCAGGAUGUCCGGGUCAGGGAUAGUACGCCGGUCACCAAAUUUCCGUCGGCAGAGGAGUUGAAGCUGCCGCCUCCGCCCGGUCGGCCCAUGUCAGUCGCGGCGCGCACCGAAGUUACUGGGCGGUCUUCGGGAACUUGGAACACCUGGGGCGUUAUGCAGCAUCGCGACCAGCCAAAGGGCUGGAAAGAGAGACUGGGCAUGUAA